GAGGUGAAGGAGGUAGGACGAGGGCGGAGGAGGGGGUCUUCUCUCAUUGAAACCCCCCAUCAUCAUCAUCACCAUCAUCAUCACCAACCAGUCUCUCCGUGCGCAAAAAGUCAUGAGGAUCUCCUCCACGCAGCCCGCUGCGCGCUACUCCGCCUCGGCCGUGUUCGGUGCGUGAUAGAGCCGCCGCCGCCGCCUCCGCUUCGUGAUCCUGCCGCCGGACCCCGCCGGACGCGUCCAUGAGGAGCUUUUCACUUGGAGUCUACCUGGAUUUCCCGAUGUGAUAUCCGCCGAGAAGCCGCCACUUGAUCCAACAUGUCUCGCCGCAAGCAAGGCAAACCGCAGCACUUGAGCAAACGGGACUUUUCGCCUGAGCCACUAUCAGGCGUUGUUCCAGAAGACAACUGUCAGGACUCCCCCAGACUGGGAGUUGCUCAGGGCGAGCCCCUAAAAGGGGACCAGGACCUGCUGACCUGUGGCCAGUGCCAGUCCCGCUUCCCCUUGGCUGACAUCCUGCUGUUCAUUGAACACAAACGGAGGCAGUGCCAUGGGAGCCUUUGCAUGGACAAACCUUUAGACAGACCGCCGUCCUCGCCGCUCUCCUCGCCCCUCUCCACGUCAUCCACGCACUCAAGAACCCACUACCCACGAAGGGCGUGUCACCCUGUCGAGGUGGCCGUUCAGGUCUCGCCGCAGGACGAGGAUUGUUUAUCUGCACCCUUGCAAGGAAUAAUCCCCAAGCAGGAGAAUAUCACAGAUAAAGACGAGCCCAGCAGCUACACCUGUACCACAUGUAAGCAGCCCUUCACCAGCGCCUGGUUCCUUCUCCAGCAUGCCCAGAACACCCACGGUUUCCGCAUCUACCUGGAGAGUGAACCGGGCAGCCCGCUCACCCCUCGUGUAGGUGCUGCUCCCGGGAUGGGGGGUGACUGUGCUUCAUCCCAGCCUCCACUUCAUGCUGUCCACCUGGCUGAUGGUAGUCCCUACAGCCUGCUGCGAAUGCCGGGGUCUGGAUCAGGACGGGAUUCAGUAUCCACUCCUCGAGAGGGUCGUUAUCCUCGGACUCCGCCCCUUUUCAGUCCACCUCCGCGCCAUCACCUGAGCCCAGAUGACCUGGCUUUGGCAACCCACCAUCCCAGCGCUUUCGACAGGGUGAUGCGGCUCAACUCAGUACCACUUGAACCUCCUCCAAGCAUGGACUUCUCCAGAAGGCUCCGUGAACUGGCUGGAAACGCCACAGGAGCUUCGCCGCCUCUGUCCCCCAACAGGCCCAACCCUAUGCAAAGGCUUCUUCAACCAUUCCAGCCGGGUUCUAAGCCUCCGUUCUCGGCAACUCCACCCCUCUCCACUUCUCAGUCGCCUUCUGGCUUGAGGUCGACCCCGAAUCCAACAUCCAACGCAGUUCAACCAAGCACGCCAUUAAAGGCAAAGUCUUGUGAGUUCUGUGGGAAGACCUUCAAGUUCCAGAGUAACCUGAUUGUUCACAGACGUAGCCACACGGGGGAAAAGCCAUUCAAGUGUCACCUGUGUAACCAUGCAUGCACCCAGGCAAGCAAACUUAAACGACACAUGAAGACACACUGUCAGAGUAAGUCUUUGGUGCUCAGUACCAAGUCUGAAGACGGCCUCUCGACAGCCAGUUCUCCCGAGCCUGGUACCAGUGAACUGAUGGGCAGCGCCACAGAUGCCCUUAAGUCAGUGGUGGCCAAGUUCAAGAGUGAGAACAAUGGUCUGAUGACUGAAAAUGGAGAGGAGGAGGAAGAGGAGGAGGAGGAAGAGGAGGAAGAAGAAGAAGAGGAGGAGGAAGAAGAAGAGGAAGAGGGAGAGGAGGAGGAAAUGGAUGCUAAGCCUGUGGUCGGAGAGGUUGAGGAGGACAGGAAUAACUAUCGCUUCAGCUUGAGGUUAGAAGGUGCCCGCCACCACCAGAACAGUGUGGCUCUGCACCCUCGCCGUCGGAGCAUAUCACAGGAGCCCGGUGAUGAUGACUCAGCAAUGGAGUCAGACCGAGCAGACGAUGGAACCACAACGACUUUAAACGGUCUUGGACCUUUAUCUACUGACAGCCUUUCCAGGAAGCUGUUGAGUGGUGGCAUAAGCCCCGGCUCCCUCAGUCCUGUCUCCAAACGCAUUAAGGUGGAAAAGGACCUAGACCCUCCCACUCCAACCAUCGCAAACUCAGAAAACGUCUACUCCCAGUGGCUAGCAGGCUAUGCUGCCUCACGACAACUCAAGGACCCCUUUCUCAACUUUACCGGCGGGGACUCCAGACAAUCGCCCUUCGCCUCCUCAUCCGAGCACUCGUCAGAGAACGGCAGCUUGCGCUUCUCUACUCCGCCCGGUGAGCUGGACGGGGAACGCGCCGCUUCGGGGCGCAGCGGCACCGGCAGCGGAGCCAGCACGCCACACGGCGGAAGCGGCAACGGCAGACCUUGCUCCAAGGACGGCCGCCGCAGCGACACCUGCGAGUAUUGUGGCAAGGUUUUCAAGAACUGCAGCAACUUGACAGUGCACCGACGCAGUCACACGGGAGAGCGGCCCUAUAAGUGUGAGCUGUGCAGCUACGCCUGCGCCCAGAGCUCAAAGCUCACGCGCCACAUGAAGACCCACGGACAGAUGGGCAAGGACGUUUACAAAUGUGAAAUUUGCCACAUGCCUUUCAGCGUCUACAGUACUCUGGAGAAACACAUGAAGAAGUGGCACAGUGACCGCCCUCUGUCUAACGACAUAAAGACAGAGUAGAGCAACAUGCCGGACGUUCUCUCAGUCAGCUUCUUGGCUAGGUAGGGGGACAGGAGUACAGGGUCACACAACCGUACGCAGUACAGCCCUGUUAUCGUUCCCGACCACUGGGGCAAUACUCAUGUAUCAAACACAAAACAUUUUCGAGCCUUUCUAUUGUGCAAUAAUUUACACAUUUUGUAAUUCUUUUGUAACUGGACGGCAUGCUUGGUGUGUUUUUGGCUACUUUAGAGAAAAAUCAGUGGCUGGUCGAUUUGGUUUUACUCGUGUCGCUGUCGAUUCUUUGGAUUUAGCCAACAUGUUUGAACUCACGCUGCAUACUCUGCAUAUUGUUUUACAUAUCAUGUACAGUUUUGUUGCCAACCGUGUCACGUUGUUCAAACAUCAAGACAAGCAGGGUCACAUUUGAAACUGAUAUUUGUGAAUACAAGAUUGACGUAAAAUACCUAUAUGUACAUAAAUAUAUAUACAAGGGUCGGGCUGCCUAUGGAAUGCUAGGCACAAGCACCAAGACCUAUUUCUUUUACAAGCAACAAAAUGAAUAAUAUGGUGUAAAAUGACAACAAAGAGUGCCUUGGAUAUUUUACCUGCAUUAGUUAAUCCUCCUUUUGCUGUAAGCUCGGAGUUUCAGAUGUAGAUGAUUACAGGACAUUUUUGUGCACAUGUGGAAUGGACAGGUCCUUGCAUCAAGCACCUGUGCAACCCUGUCGUGUCGUGACUUAGGAACCAGCUGAGAUGAAAGUUAUCUCUGGUAAAUCAUUAAUCUGCCUGACUCAUGUAUAUUUUCAUUCUUCAGAUUAUGGUUUUGUUUACUGGCAUGUUACAUGCUCAAGAGUUUGGUUUAGUGUUUAUGUUUCCCGGUACUUGCGUAUCAUACUGAGAGGGUACUCUGAGGAGUUGUUUUAACCAACGUGAAGCUCUUAAUUUCCCAGAGUGUUUAUUUUCUUUUAAAAUGACAUUUUGCUGUUUUUGUAAGUAGCACAGUUUUUUCGGUGUCAUACAGGCAGUCGGUGUAACCAACAGUAACUUGAAGACCACACAGUGGAUUUGAGUCUUUUUCACCAGGUUUUGGCGAAGAUGGGAGAUGCUUUGGUUUCAGGGUGAUGGGUGGGAAGCGGGUGUCUCGACAAUUCAAAUGUCCUCUUAGACUUUACAUUUGAAAGGUUUAUAGUGAGUUUCCAAAUCCCAAAAGCUAAAUUUGUUCAUACCUCACAUUUUAACAUUUUCUUUUUGAACAAUUAGACCUCAUCUUAUUAGCAGUUCCUCUCUCCAACCCCCGCCAUUGUUAAUGAUAUAGCACUUGUCACUCUGCCUUGGAGUCUGUAUCUGUCUCUCUAAUCGGAGGUACAGUCGGUUGAGUAUAAAACGAAGACCGGAUUCCAUAUCCGGAACUUUUUUACGUGCACUGUUCCAUUCCCCCAGUUUACAGUUGGACACUCAAGGGAAAAAAAAAACUUGGCUCUUUAUGCUGACAAAUAACUGUGGUGUCAAUAGUUUGAAUUUAACAGAAAGAAGAAAAAAAAGAAUGAGCCGUGAGAGCGAAACACCAGUUUGGCUUGUCGAGGUAUCAAAUGCAGGAAAUGCCAUAGAAAUGUCCUGCUUCAUACUAACUUUUAGAAAUGACUGAAAUUGCCUAUUUGUUGUUUUUUAAAGCCUUUCAAGGAGAACUUUAUUUAAAUUUUAUUUGUAAUUUUUAUCGAUGUUUCUCUUUCCUGUCUUGAUGAUAUUCAGGACUCGAUCACUAUGUAAAGAAUUGUAAUGUCUCGCAUCUUUUUUGCCUUUACUAUACACAAGUCUUCAGGUUGAACAAAAAUUUUUGCAUCGGGGGAGAUAUAUCAUAUAUAAAUAUAUAGAGAGAACUUAAACACAUAGGAAAAUGCACACUCAUGUAAGUUCCUGGGUUCCAAACACAUUUAUGGUCGACUUUUUUCCUGUAUUUAGAAUGGUAUUUGAAAUUAAUGUUCACUUAGUGUAGGCACUUAUAGUAUUUAUGUUGGAGCCUGUAUUUUUCAUGGUUUUGCCUGUACUCUUUAAAGGCUUCAAUGUACCCUUUUUUUUUCUUUUUUUUUUUUUCGUAGUUAAAAAAGAAAAAAGAAAAUCCCAACAAGCUGCCACCGUAUAUUUUUUUUUAAUUUGGCAGGAUAAUAUAGUGUGAAUAAUUUGUACGCUUGAAAAUAAGUAUGUUUUUGAAAAAUGUCGUGGCGUUCCUCGAGGGCGAGAGGUCAUAUGAUGGCCUUUUCCAGGCAGUCCCGCUGGACUUCCCACAAUGAGGUAAAAACAGGUGGUUGUACAUAUCUUUUUUUUUUUUUUGGUUUCUCCUGCCAUUUUAUAUGCAGUAAUACAAGCUAUUGUUGGGGUUCCUUGCUAGCCAACUUUUUACUGUCCGUAAACAUGUACCACCUGAUAACAUUCCAACCGUUAAUGAGAAGAAGAAAAGAAAACUUUUGUCAUAUGCAAUCAAUCCAACGUGAAUCUGAAAAGCCUUUUUUUGUAUUUUGCAGAAUAUUAUUUUGGUAUUUUGAAUUGAUUUCCUGUUGUUGUUUUUUUUUUUUUU